AUGAAUGUUGCGCUUCUCGCGAAUCGUCUCCGGCAAAGCACGAGUCUCGUGGACACGACUCGGAUCCACGCGAUCAUUCUUGGGGCGGAAGAGUUUAGAUCCGAUCGUCUCCUUGCGAAUUUUCUGAUCGAGGCUUAUGGGCGGAGCGGAAGCCUGGCACAGGCGCGUGCUGCGUUUGAUUCCGUGAAGCAGCGGAAUGUUUACUCGUGGAACUUCAUGGUGUUGGCUUAUGCCCGCAACGGGCAUCUUGAUGACGCGAGGAGGCAGUUUGAUGCAAUGCCUUCGCACGGGGUUGUUGCAAGCACAGCACUUUUAGUUGCGUACUCGCAAAACGGUGAUCUUCUUCAGUGUAGUCAUAUUUUCAAGACGAUUCAGCAAAGCUGCGUCGUUGCUUGGACCGCUAUGCUUUCUGCAAAUGCGGUGAAUGGGCUUCUCGAAGAAGCAAAGCGUGUUUUUGAGAGAAUGCCUGCCCGUGAUGCUGUAGCGUGGGACGCAAUGUUACAAGCCGCUUCUGAAAACACAAACAUUCUGGAAGCAAGAUCACUGUUUGAGAAAAUACCACAGACCACUCUCGUCUCGUGGACCUCUCUCAUUUUCGCAAAUGCACAGGCAGGAAUGAUCAGAGAAGCGGGGGAACUAUUCCAGAAUAUGCCUCAGAGAAACGAAGUCUCGUGGAACGCCAUGGUUUCGUCUUACUCAAUGCUUGGAGACGCAGAUAGAGCUGUGGAAUUGCUCAAAACUAUGCCCCAUAUUUCAACCAUUGCAUGGACGUCGAUAAUCACAGCAAAUGCCGCAUCUGGAGACCUUGGAAAAGCUAAAGCCGUGUUUGAUUCCAUGCCCGAGCACAACCUGGUAGUCUGGAACACCCUCAUUGCGGCCUACUGUCGGGCUGGGAAUCUCCGAGAGUCGACAAAGAUCCUUGGCAGGAUGCCGGCGUGGAGCACACUGACAUGGAACGCCGUGGUUGCCGCAUGUGGUCACCACGGUUACACCGCGGUUGCCGUGGGGCUAUACCACAGCAUGGAACUGGAGGGGAUGAAGCCCGAUGCGACCACGUACGCGGGCAUUUUGACUGCCCACAGCCAUUCUGGGCAGCUCGAGAGCGCUCGAUCCCAUUUUGUGGGAAUGGUUGCCGAUCACGGCAUUUUGCCGAGCUUGCAGCACUACUGCUGCAUGGUUGACAUUCUUGGGAGAUUGGGGCGGCUGGAAGAUGCCCAAGACUUGAUCGAUUCAAUGCCUUAUUUGCCUGACCAUGCCGUGUGUGUGAGCUUGCUUGCUGCACGCAGGAGCCAUGGCGAGAUUGGAUCCAUCAAUGCGCCAAAGUGCAAUGUGAGCGAAGACAAGAGCGCUCCCUACAUGCUCUUAUCCACGGCUAUGCUUCAGUUGACAUUUUCUUGA